AUGGGAUGUUCUGUGCAGGAGGUCAAUUUAGAAGACAUCCAACAGCUUUCAACCAUCAAUCCACGCAAGCAACUCAAGGUGCUAAUUCAUGGAUGGAUGGCAAAUCGUGACCAUAUUGCAACAGUGCCCAUCAGAACUGCUUACUUGCUACGGAACGAGCAUAAUAACUUGUUGGUCGGGGACUGGACCAAUGCCUCGGCUUUGCUGUACCCUGUAGCACGGGAAUUAGUACAGCCUGUUGGAUAUCGUAUCGCCAGCAUUUUAUCCAGAUUAAUGCACCUUCUGGGCAUCGAUUAUAGCCAGGUUCACAUUAUUGGGCACAGUCUGGGAGCACAUGUGGCUGGAAAUGUCGGGAAUUAUUUCAGUGGGCGACUGGCGCGAAUCACGGCACUCGAUCCGGCAGGGCCACUGUUCUCGCACAAUUCACGAGAUGCUGUUGGUCCGAGGGCGGCGAAGUUUGUAGAUGUAAUUCAUACGGAUGGGUUGGUUCUGGGUGAACUAGUUCCCAGAGGACAUGUUGAUUUCUAUCCAAAUCAUGGAGUGCCUCCGCAGCCUGGAUGCGAAACUCUGGAUGUGUUAACACUGCAUGCCUGUAGUCACUACCGCUCUACGGGAUAUUUUGCCGAAUCAAUACUACUACCAAAUAGCUUCAUAGCUAUCAGGUGUGAACAACGGGAAUCUGUGAAUCAAUACAAAGGUUGCCAACCCGUUAAGAAAGAGAAGUUCUCUCGUACAGAUUAUUCUAUAACGAUGGGUGAAGUUGCUGAUCGUGGGUGA